AAAUGGAGCACAUAGCAAUGGUUUGAGGUCUGAGAGCAUCAUAGUUUCUAGGGAGACAAUAUAUUAAAGGACAUAUUCCAGAUUUUAGCGACAUGUUUGCAUAGAUAUAUGUGUUAAAAAAAAUUGUGAACCUAGUGCCAGAAACAUGGCUGUGUAUUUUGAUCAUCGCCUGGAAACAGAUCGAUCAGGAAUUAACACAGAUGCAUCAUGGUUCAGUGGCCCCCCUAUCAUUGCUGUCACAUCCUAUAGUGAUGAGAAUGGUGGCACAGUUAAUCUAUUUCUUGAUGAGGGUGAAAAGUUAUUAGAUAUUCCUUUACACCGUGCGGGUCAAGCAACAUCAGUGGCAUGGCACCCGACAAAAAAAAUUGUUGCAGUUGGCUGGGAAAAUGGAGAAUUACUAGUUUGGAAUGAAGUUAAUCAUGAAUUGUUUGAAGGUUUACCACUGCACAAAACUGCCAUUACUGUAUUACACUGGAGCUCAUCAGGCUCCAGAUUGUCCUCUGGUGACAAGGCGGGUGUACUGAUGGUGUGGAAGUCGGAUGGGAAGGGUCGUUUACAACAGAAUCCCCUGCACCAACACCAUAUCCAGGAGCCUCUCAGUAAAAUACUGUACAGACCAAUCCCUCCACCAGACCCUGAACAUGAUAUAGCAGCACUUGCUAGAGCUGCGGUCAGUGGAGACGAGAAAGCUUUGGAUCUCUUCACGUGGAAGUCCAAGGGUAAAAGCAAUGCCAAGAUGACAUCGAUGUUUGGUCCAACUGAGGCCUUGACAUUCUUUGUAGGUGGAGAAAGUGGAGGUGUGUAUUAUAUGAAUGAGAAUGGUCAGUGUACACAGAUCUUCUCUGUGGACACUGCUAUCCUCCGCUUCCUGUACUACGAAGAAAAGAAUGUUUUGAUCACAGUCACUGAGAACAUGAUGCUUACACAACAUGCUAUAAUGCCUGAAGGUGAUGCCAAGGAACUGAUGAGGGUGAAGAUGAGUGGGAGGGGAGAGAACCCUGUUAUUUGUUGGGCCGGCAAAAGUACCAUAGCAACUGCUACAGGAGAAGGUGUUGUAAGGAUGUGGGAUCUGGACCAUGAAGAAAACUAUGUUCUGUCCUUGGAUGGACAUGGUAGCUACGACUCAUCAGAAAACAUCAUGUGUAUCAGUUACUGUGAGGAAAAAGGAGUACUUGCUGGGGGUACUAACCUUGGAAAUGUAGCCCUGUGGAGGUAUUCACCCCCCUUGGGAAGUCGAGUGGUGGAUGGAGAACACAAGUGGAAGCUGCAAGCACCAGCUACUGUGGAAGGAAGUAUCCGACAGCUCUCUUGGGGAUCAAACAAGAACUUAUUAGCCGUAAAUACCAUUGCAAAUGUGUUCAUGCUCAACGAACAGACAAUGAGCUCAAGCUUUUCCAGUCAGACCGCUGUGGUACAGUUUGGCCCAAGCUCCUUGGCUCUGGAGAUGUUCACCACUGGGGCACAUCAUGACCUCAAAACAGAGAUCCAAGUCAAAGGUGUCUGUACUACUAAGGAUACUUUAGCAGUGUGGAACGGACGUAAAGUGAUCACUUACGAAUAUUCUGAGGAUAGAACUAUCAUUAAGGGUGCAGGAACAUUUUCUACGGAAACAAUGGAGGUGCGACUUUACGAACAGAAUGUUUACUGUGUAGAGAUAGGCAAGGUUCAGGUCCGCACCCACCAGGGUACAGUAAAGCAGGUCAUCAACUUCUCGGAUGCUGAAGGUCAGCCUGUCAGUUUGGACGUAUGUGGUACAUCGCUAGUCAUCGCCACAAACAACGGGGUGGUCCGUGUGUAUGAUUUAUCUAGGAGAGAAGCUAAGCCAACCAGCCAACCAAAGAAUUUAGGGGAUGUCAUCCCCGGCUUUAAUGGAAUCAUUUCUGCUAGGUGUAAUUCAAAUGGAUCCAAAGUCAGUGUUCUUGUCAAAAAUAGUACAAACCAUGCAGAUCCUAAACUGUACUUUUGGGAUGUGGAGUCCGACAUUGUUUCUUACUUCAACUUUGAGACUGGGCGUGGUGAGCAGGAUGACUUUCCUCCAGAGCAAAUAGAGGGUGUUGAGGGGGAUACAAAUGAUGCAGAGAGAGGAAAGAUCCAGGCGGCUGCUGACAUAGCUGGGCGGUACCCUAUGACCCAUUACUGGGAUCCCAAUGACACCAAGCUGAUUGUGUGUGAGGCCAAGGUGAUGGCCAGUGCUGUGGAGAAGAAGGAGAAGGAGGAAAAGAAACGCCACUCUCUAACUAAAGCUGUGGAGGAGGGACCAGUGGAGGUGAUGCUUGUGUCACUUUUCUGUACACCAGAGAACGGCAUCCUGAUCCAGGACAGCUUCCAGAUGCCAGAGCAUUUUCAGGCCCUUCUCGGCAUAGAGGUGCCAUACUACUACUUUAUCAAAAAGUCAGAAAACCUUAAAGAUGAAGAACAGGAGAAGGACGAUGCUUCAAAACCAGAAAAUCUCAUCAAGUCUGAAACUGUCAUACAACCCAAACUGGUGGCCAGGAAAACCAUGCGUGACUUUGUAGGGCUUGAAAACAGUGACAAGAACACGCGGGAGGCUAUGAUGAACUUUAGUUACUAUCUCACCAUUGGCAACAUGGAUGAGGCAUUCAAAUCCAUCAAACUCAUUAAAAGUGAAUCUGUGUGGGAGAACAUGGCCAAGAUGUGUGUGAAGAGUCGGCGUCUGGAUGUGGCCAGUGUUUGUCUAGGUAACAUGGGCCAUGCUCGUGGUGCGAAAGCACUGAGAGAGGCAAUGAAAGAACCAGAAUUAGAUGCCAAGGUCGCAGUCCUCGCCAUGCAACUAGGACUCAAGGAAGAUGCAGAGAGAUUACUAAAGAACUGUAAACGAUAUGAUUUACUGAAUGAGUUCUACCAAUCGUCUGGUCAGUGGAUUAAGGCAUUAGAAACAGCUGAAAUGUAUGAUCGUAUUCAUCUCAGAGCCACCUAUUAUAACCAUGCGAAACACCUGGAAAUCAAGGGAGAAUACUCUGAUGCUAUUCCAAACUAUGAGAAGUCGGACACCCAUCGCUUUGAAGUUCCAAGGAUGUUAUUUGAUGAGCCGGAGGCAUUAGAACAAUACAUCAGUAGACAUAAAGACAAGGCGUUACACAAGUGGUGGGCCCAGUAUAUGGAGAGUACCGGUGAGAUGGAUGCUGCUCUUCAGUACUACGAGACUGCCCAGGAUUUCCUCUCGUUGGUCAGAGUCUACUGCUAUUGUGGUAAAAUGGACAAGGCCUCAGAAAUCUGUAAUGAGACAGGUGACCGGGCUGCUUGCUACCACUUAGGUAGACAAUAUGAAAACCAAGACUUGAUCAAAGAAGCUAUCCACUUUUUCCAGCGAGCACAAGCUUAUGGAAAUGCUAUUCGACUUUGUAAGGAACAUGGUUAUGAAGACCAGCUGUUGAAUCUGGCUUUACUUGGACGUCCAGAGGACAUGAUGGAGGCUGCUCGCUACUACGAACAGAAACAAGGAUCACAGGACAAGGCUGUCAUGCUCUACCAUAAGGCAGGAAACUUUUCCAAAGCAUUGGAUCUCUCCUUCAGAUCCAAACAGUUUGGAGCAUUACAGAUGAUUUCUGGAGACUUGGAUGAGCGAGCAGAUCCAGAAUUAUUACAAAGAUGUGGCGAUUUCUUCAUGGACAAUGGCCAGUAUGACAAGGCAGUAGACCUCCUUGCCAUCGGUAAAAAGUAUUGGGAAGCCCUGAAAAUCUGUAUGGACCAGCAUGUAGAAAUAACUGAAGAUCUGGCGGAGAAACUCACGCCCAACAAGGAAGACAUGGGCAGUGAUACAAUGGAGCGGGUGAAGAUCCUCGAGGCUAUAGCUGAGGUGUGCAUGCACCAAGGCCAGUACCACCUGGCAACCAAGAAAUUCACCCAGGCUGGCAACAAGAUCAAGGCUAUGAAAGCACUGCUGAAGUCAGGAGACACCGAGAAGAUUACAUUUUUUGCUGGUGUAUCGCGACAGAAGGAGAUUUAUGUAAUGGCAGCCAACUAUCUUCAAUCAUUGGACUGGAGGAAAGACCCGGAAAUCAUGAAAAAUAUUAUUGGCUUCUAUACUAAAGGGAGAGCACUGGACUCUCUGGCAGCCUUCUACGAUGCUUGUGCUCAGGUGGAAAUAGACGAGUACCAGAACUACGACAAGGCCUUGGGUGCUCUGGGUGAGGCCUACAAAUGUCUGAGUAAGACAAAGAUGAGUGAUGAAAUGCUGCAAGAGGAGAAACUGACACGUUUAAAGAACAAGAUCACACUUAUUAAGAAGUUUGUGACAGCUAGAAGGGCGUACGAUGAGAAUCCAGAGGACACCAUCAAACAGUGCCAGGUGUUACUGGAGGAACCUCACCUGGACGAUUCUGUCCGUAUGGGAGAUGUCUAUGGCCUCAUCAUUGAACAUUAUGCAAGGAGAGAGCGUUGGAAGGCGGCCUAUGCUGCAAUGGAAGAGAUGAAGAGUCGAAUACCUGCUCUAAACAUGGCAUACUAUGUAAAUAUGAGAACGAUAGAAUCAGUACACCGGGCCCUGGAUAUUCCUCUCAGUAGGACUAUCACUAGUAAGAUGAAUGGUAUAUAUGGAGGGGGUGGGGAUGAGGAGGACGGGGAAGUUGUGGAGGAGGAGGUCGACCACAUGUACACAGGAGGAGACGAUGUAUGAUAUACACUGUUAUUUAUACCCAUAGGACAUUUCAUUAAAUACAGAAUGUGAUAUGGAAAUGUGUGAACCAGGAUUACUACUACAGCAUCACAACUUACAAGUUCUAAUUAUAAUAAUUACAGUGCCAAGUGAACCAAUAAACUAUGCAUGGAUAGUCUGGUAGUGAGACUCAGCAUACCUAGUGAAAUCUGAUGAGAUUGUCAGUACGAUCAGCUGAUGACAUGCAUGGUGGUACAUUGUGAUCUGGUAAACAUUGGUUAAUGUUACAUAUAGAUAAACGAUAAGAUAAAAAAGAUGAAAAGAGUCAGGCCAUUAGGUCUCUUUCUGUUUGACAGACAAGUGUAGUUCUUGUAAUAUUUCUUGUAAUAUUUAAAAAGAAAAAUUAUUAGUUUAGAAAAUCAAAUUUUAAAAAUUUAGAAUUGAAGAGUCUGAAACUUUUGGUUCAUUUUCACAAACCACAAACUGAAUACUAAGUCUGCUGUAGGUAGAUGAUAUACAAUAAGUGGUGAAAGUCAAGUGUCCUUUUAUCUACAGUCUUAUCACUGUUAAACUGAUGGCUAUUCCAUUAAAAUUAAUAAAUCACUUCUAUCCAUGGUUGGAUUGCCUUUCUAUUACUUCUAUGUAUUGUAUUAAAUAAAUUCUAAGGGUGGUACCCCUUAACCAAACCUGGAGUCCUUGGGUGGGGAAGAUGUUUUACUGGAAUACCCCUUAACCAAACCUGGAGUCCU